AUGGCCGCCUCGACCACGGUGAACCAGCUGAGUCUGGAGUAUCCCUUCGAAGAACUCCAGCAGGCCACGCACGAUUUCUGCGGCAACCUGCGGCUAGGCUAUGGAUCCUUUGGUGGAGUCUUUCGAGGCAUCCAAAAGGAUGGCACAGAGGUGGCCAUCAAGGUGCUAGACGUGGGCGAUGAAGGCGGCUUUGAGGAGGAGGUGCGCGUCCUGAGCAAGUUCCGACAUCCAAACCUGGUGAUUCUGAUGGGCUUUGCCCGCCAUGGGCCCCAGCGGUUCCUUGUCUACGAGCAUCUAGCGGGUGGCGAUGUCUUCCGACGGCUCCAACGAUGUGCCCAAGACAACGUACCCUUCACUUGGCGAGAACGUCUCAGCGUGGCUUUCGACGCCUCCUGCGGGCUCUCGCAUCUCCACAACGCGUCGCCGAAG